CCAUAGCGGCCACAGCGGUCAUAGAAAAACUUUUUGGCGAAAAUGGCCUGGACAUCGCCCUCAUACAAGAACCAUGGAUCAACACCAAGUCCAUGGCAUCAGGACUGAACAGAGCAGGAAAGAACUAUGCAGUGAAGAUCAAGUAGCUGCCUACGUCGAUCUCAAAGGGAGAGGAGCACUCAAGGUAAUAGUCUGCUCCGCCUACCUGCCCGGAGAGAAGCAAGAUCCCACAGAAGAACUGACUAAAGUGCUAGAGUACGCUCAGGCACAAAAGGCAGAACUUAUUGUGGGAUGCGACGCCAACGCCCACCACACCAUCUGGGGGAGCACUGGAAUUAACAAAAGGGGUGAGUUACUAUCCCAAUUCAUCUUUACUAAUUGUCUGCACUUGUUGAAUAAGGGCAACACGCCCACCUUCGUAACUAGGGCUAGGCAAGAAGUAUUAGAUAUAACCUUCGCGACUGAAAAGGCGGCAAACUGCCUAGCCGACUGGCGGGUCAGUAGCGAAAACUCAAUGUCGGACCACAGACAUAUUUUGUUCAGUGUUAAAGGCUCUCUAGGUAGGGAACCACUUACACGCAGAAAUCCAAAAGAAACGUCAUGGGAAGCCUAUAAGGCAGACCUCGAAAACCGUCUAAAGGAUGUCCCAAAAUACACUCGGCGUCACGGAAAUCGCACACCCACGGAUUUUUGUUUCAAGCCGUUAUAAACCUUAUGUUGUUGAAGGUAAAGUAUGAGUGUGUGGGAUCAUUUUAAAGAGAAUUUAACCCUUCAUUUAAAAACAAUGCAAUAGUUACUAAAGAGUAAAAAAAAGGCACCUUUUUUAAUAAGAAAUA